AUGGGACUUACAGAGGCAGAUGAUGGGGUGGUGACUGGCGUGAGGGAGGCCCUGAAGGCGCUGACCAGUUCCUCGAGGACCUCUGCGGUGGAUGGAAGACGGGGAUCCAUGGAGGUGUUGGUUCUUGGUCCGGUCUUCUGUCACAAACAGGCAAGAGACAAGAGGAGUUCAGUUCCUGCUCCAAGAGCUGAGGAGAACUCCAAAGCUGCAGAGCUAGCUAGCCGCCUAAACCAAAUGGAUAAAGAUCUAGCUCAAGUUGAGAUGGACACUCUGAGCAGUCUAAGAGCCCCACUGAACCGCACUGAUCCUGCCACAGACCUCACUAAACGUCUGAAGGAGCAAGAGAGAACAACUGCAGCUCUCCAGCAGUUGGAAAAACAGAGGGCUGCAGCCCAAAAGGACCUGGAACCUUUACUUUCAAAGGACAUUAAUGGGCCAACCUCUUCCACUCUACCUCAAAAACUCAGUGAUGCCAAAAACAAACAAGACAGUCUAGCUGCUCUCAUUGAUCUCUACAGAAAGAAAGCAAAUGCUUCUAUGGUAUUGGAGAGACAGCUGAGGAAGAUGGACAGCACUGUCUCAGGAUUUGAGAAACAGCUCAGUGAUGAUGGUGCCAUCCCAGACAAACCUAGUGCCAUUCAAAUCCAUACACAGGAGAUUCAGGGUUUGAGAAAAGAUGUUGCUGGAACUCAAAGUGAGAUGCAAAAGCUUAGCGAGGAACUAGAGGCACUUAAGAAGUUAUGCAGUUCACUUCAGCAGGGUCACCAGGAGUACUGUCCUGAUAUACGCCGACAGGAAGCAGAAAUUAAGAAUCUUCAAAGCCGAUAUGCCAAUGUGAGCAACCAGCUGAAUGAAAGAGAGAGGCUUUUGCAAGAGGCUAACACAAAACACCAGGACUUCCAGAAUGUGAGCCAAUCACUGAGCUCCUUCUUAUAUAAUCUACCUAACAACAAGAUUAACCCCACAGAUGAUUUGUCUCAAGUCAAUGCAAAGCAGAACUCUCAGAAGAGGGUGAUAGAGGAUAUACAGAGGAAAGGCAAUGACAUGGACAGGGUGGUUGAUCUCUCCAAGGACCUCCAGAAUUCUCUAAAAGAAUAUGAGAUGAAUUGUGUUAAGUACAAAGCUACUCUUGAUGACAUACCUGCGAUAGAUGCUAAAAGACUUCACACCUCCACCCUAGCUAGCUCUGUUGCAAAACAGGAGAAGGAUCUUACAAACCGUUAUGCUGAGACAGCCGCUGAAAGUGAACAAUUACUCAACCAGAUGAACUUAGCAAAGUCCAUCAUGGCUGAGAAUGUGGUAAAAGUAAAUGCAGUACAACAACAACAGAUGCAACAAAAAGCCGCUGAGGACACUGAAGUUCUCCAGAAAGAAUUAAAGGAGGAAAUUGCAAACCGUACCAACGCAGAGAAUAGCCUGAGCACCAUCAAGAACAGAUAUUUAUCUCUGAAGAAUCGAAGAGGAGUAGAGCGAGUGGAGGAGAAGGAGGUUCUGCAGUAUUACCGUGACCCAAAGCUUGAGGCCAAUGUGGAGGACUUUCAAAAGAAAAUUCAUGAAGAAGCACUGAAACGCACCAAAACACAGAGUGAGAUUGAGGUACUGUCCAGAAAGAUCAAUAGCCUAGAAAGUGAACUUAAGAACACCAAGCCCAAGCUAGUGACAAGAGAAGUGACAGAGGUAGAGAAAGACCCUCAGUUGGAUUUAGAAGCAUCAAACAUUCGAGAAAACAUAAGCAAAUUGAGAAGUGAACUUAAAGUUAAAGAUCAAGAGAAGGCUCACCUACAAACAGAGAUGAAAAUUUUGGAGCAAAAGAAGCAAAACAUAAAGGAGAAGGUGGUGCAAAAGGAAGUAGUAAGACUGGAAAAAGAUCCAGAAAUGUUGAAGGCAGUUAUGACAUUUGAGAUGGCUAUCUCAGAUGAAGGUGAGAGGAGCAAAUCACUGAAAAGUGAAAUCUCCCAAACCAGGAGCCAGAUCAAUACUCUUGAGAGGCUCAUUCCAACUUUAGAGCCAAAAGUUGUCACCAAGGAGGUGAAAAGGGUUGAGCAGGACCCUGGACUCAUAAGUGAGUCUAAAGAUCUUCUGACUACAAUAGAAGAAGUGAGAAAUGAGAACAGAAGUCUCAUUACUGAGCUUAGCAACCUUCAGUCACACCAUAUCCAAAUACAAAGGAUGAAGCCCAAAGUGGAAGUCAAAGAAAUAAUUAAUGAGAACUUCAGGGUGUCACCUGAGACAGAGGCAGAGAUGCAUCGCUUGAGAAGGGAGCUUCAAGACAAUAGCAGACAGUUCUCAGACUUUGAGAGACAAAUUAGUCUUGUCAGAACAGAGCUGGGAGUGCUGUAUGCACAGAAACCCAAAAUUGAGUAUAAGGAAGUAGUUCAGGAGGUUGUAAAAGAGGAAAGAAGUCCAGAGAAUGUAAGAGAAAUACAGAGGCUCUCCGAUCAAGUAUAUUCCCUGCAAAAAACCUACAGUACUUUGCAGGAUGAGCUUAUCCGUCUUAGAAAUGACAGGGAUGAAUGGAAGGCAGAAAAGUCAAAGGUUGAGACCAAGAUUGUCACUAAAGAUGUAACUAAGUAUGUUGAUGACCCACUUCUGGAGAAGGAGGCAGAUCGUCUCAGGAGAGAGGUCCGUGAAGAAACUCAGAGGCGCAGAACUAUAGAGGAAAUGGUGUUUGAUCUUCAGAAUAAAUAUAUUCAGCUUGAGAGACAAAAACCAGAGGACAAAGUAGUAGUGGAAGAGGUAGUGCGUCUACAAAAGGAUCCAAGGCAGAUCCUUGAUCAUGAUAGGCUAGGUAGGAGUCUAGAUGAAGAAGUGAAGAAUCGGAGAAAAUUGGAGCUAGAGGUACAGCAGAUGAGAGCACUCAUAGAGGACAAGGAGAUAGUCAUCAGGAGCAGUGAUGAAAGGCAAAGAAAGAUCCAGGUGGAAACUGAGCUGAGACAAAUUAAAUCCAGAAUCCAUGAGCUAGAAACUGCCCCACCUCCUAUUGAAGAGAACAUAGUCAUAGAGGAAGUUCUGAAAGUUGAGAGGGAUCCAAAACUAGAUAAACUGACUAAUGGUCUUCGAACAGACAUAGAUAAGGAGAGCAGUGACAUUAUGCGUUUAGAGAGAGACAUCAGGAAAUUAACACUGGAGAUAGAAAUCUUGCAGCGAGAGAAGUCGGUUGAGAAGACCAUCUAUAAAGACGUUGUUCGUGUAGAGAAAGAUCAGGCUGUGGAAGCAGAACGGUCUCACUUUAGAGAACAAUUACUUCAGAAGAAAAAUGCCAGACGAGACCUUGAGGAUGAAAUGCACCGUCUAAAUGAGAAACUGCAGCGACAAGCAAGUAAAAGAACUACCACAUCUCUGGAGGAGACCAACUUGAUUCAUGAUCAGGACAAGCUGCAACGAGAAAAAGAAAACCUCCAGAGAGAGCUGAGAACUUUGGAAUCUGAAAGACAAAACAUCAGCAUCUCAUUCCACCAGCAGAGUAGGCUGAUGAAUGAAAGAAAUCAAAUGAACAGGCAAAGAAGCAUUAAAAUGGAAUCAGAUGGUCAGAGGCUGGAAAGGGACAUCCUGGAUGAGAAGGACAAAAUUCAUAAACGAGAUAACAUAAUCAGGGAGCUAAAGAACAGUUUGAAGAAGGAGGAUUCCUCGGAGACUCGCACUAAAGAAGUCAAUGUGUCUACAAAGAUCAGCAUCUUGGACCCUAACACUGGUAAAGACAUGUCACCAUAUGAUGCUUACAUGCAAGGCUUCAUUGAUCGCAGCCAGUACAUACAAUUACAGGAACUAGAGUGUGACUGGGAGGAAAUCACCACAAUGGGACCUGAUGGUGAGAUAUCUGUUUUGCAAGAUCGGAAGAGUGGCAAACAGUACUCCAUCAAAAAUGCACUAAAAGAAGGCAGGGUGACUAAAUACCAACUACAGCAGUACAAGGAUGGCAAAAUGCCGAUCUCAGAGUUUGCUCUUCUUGUGGCUGGUGAAACAAAAUCUCGGCCAUACACCCCAGUUACCAGCCAACCAACUCAACAGCUUAAUGAAGAGUUCCCCAUUUGUGGUGUGUAUGAUGUACACACUGAUUCAUGUCGUAAUGUCCGCAGUGCCACGGAUCAAAAGAUGAUUGACACCAACACUGCACAAAAACUGCUUGAAGCACAGGCAGCCACUGGUGGCAUUGUGGACAUCAGCAACAGCAUAAGAUAUUCUGUCCACAAAGCAGCUGAUCGAGGUCUUAUUGAGUCCAGUCAACUACAACGGUUAUUAAAUGCUCAAAAGGCUUUCACUGGAGUUGAGGACCCUAUCACCAAAGAACGUCUGUCAGUUGGAGAGGCUGUUCAGAAAGGGUGGAUGCCCAAAGAGAAUGCCAUGAGAUAUAUGGAGGCACAAUUUCUGACAGGCGGGUUGGUGAACCCCAACAAAGCAGGAAGAGUUAACAUUGUGGAUGCUGUCAGCUCCAAGAUGAUUGACAGCACAAUGAUGAGAGAGCUUCAGGAAGAGAUCAACUAUGCAAAGGAGCUGACUGACCCCAUCACAAAGGAGAAGAUCAACUACAAGCAGGCUUUGGCUCAUUGCAAGACAGACCCGCUCUCAGGUCUUCCAAUGCUUCCUGCUUCCUCAAAAGAUUCUGCCUAUUCUUCCUCAUAUUUUAGUCAUAAAUAACCACUCAUAGUCUCAUUGGUUUACAA